CAUCAAGCUAAGGCUCCCAUAUAUAUAUAUGUCCUCCCUCAGAAGUUCCUUACUUUCAUCGAUCUCAUAAUUUUAGUUCUCAAAGUGAUAUUAGUAUCUGAAUACAUGAAAAUGUCAAGAUUUAUGCCAAAUCUCCUAAACUUCCUAGGUAGGCUCAUAUUCCUUGUUUUGGUGGCCUCCUUUUAUCCACAUAAGUGUAAGGAGUCAAACCAAGAUUGCAACUCAAACCAAGACUCUGUUGAGGAAGAAGAUAUAGAUAGCCCCUCACCCUUGAUGGUUCAGGUACCAUUCACAGGUUCUGUUGUCUCAAAGUUGAUAAAGAAGAAGCUACCAGUGGUAGAACUCAGCAAUUUUCUCAAACAAUCAAGAGCUCAAGAGGGAGAGGACUCCAUUUUAUGUGCAAUAUGCUUGAAUUGCAUUGAGAAAAGUGAAGAAAUUAGAGAGCCUGCAAAUUGUAGUCAUGUGUAUCAUAGAGAGUGCAUAGAUGGGUGGGUGGAUCAUGGUCAGGUAACGUGCCCUUUGUGCAGACUUCAGCUUCUGCCUGCACUGUCUGAGGAAGUGAAAGAUGAGAAAGAUCCAUGGAGGAUGGAGAGGAUUGCUUAUCUCUUUGGUGAGGACUAUGUUAUGUGCUAGGAUAGUGUUUUUAUCUUGUUUGUGUUUUCAAUUUUUCAUGACAGUACCGCACGUUGGUGUGUUUUGACUCUUAUGUAUGUAUCAUUGAUCCAAGUAAGGUCACGAGGAUAAUAGAAUUA